AGAUGUCCGGCCAGAGCCUGACGGACCGAAUCACUGCCGCCCAGCACAGUGUCACCGGCUCUGCCGUAUCCAAGACAGUAUGCAAGGCCACGACCCACGAGAUCAUGGGGCCCAAGAAAAAGCACCUGGACUACUUAAUUCAGUGCACAAAUGAGAUGAAUGUGAACAUCCCACAGUUGGCAGACAGUUUAUUUGAAAGAACUACUAAUAGUAGUUGGGUGGUGGUCUUCAAAUCUCUCAUUACAACUCAUCAUUUGAUGGUGUAUGGAAAUGAGCGUUUUAUUCAGUAUUUGGCUUCAAGAAACACGUUGUUUAACUUAAGCAAUUUUUUGGAUAAAAGUGGAUUGCAAGGAUAUGACAUGUCUACAUUUAUUAGGCGGUAUAGUAGAUAUUUAAAUGAAAAAGCAGUUUCAUACAGACAAGUUGCAUUUGAUUUCACAAAAGUGAAGAGAGGGGCUGAUGGAGUUAUGAGAACAAUGAACACAGAAAAACUCCUAAAAACUGUACCAAUUAUUCAGAAUCAAAUGGAUGCACUUCUUGAUUUUAAUGUUAAUAGCAAUGAACUUACAAAUGGGGUAAUAAAUGCUGCCUUCAUGCUCCUGUUCAAAGAUGCCAUUAGACUGUUUGCAGCGUACAAUGAAGGAAUUAUUAAUUUGUUGGAAAAAUAUUUUGAUAUGAAAAAGAACCAAUGCAAAGAAGGUCUUGACAUCUAUAAGAAGUUCCUAACUAGGAUGACAAGAAUCUCAGAGUUCCUCAAAGUUGCAGAGCAAGUUGGAAUUGACAGAGGUGAUAUACCAGACCUUUCACAGGCCCCCAGCAGUCUUCUUGAUGCUUUGGAACAACAUUUAGCUUCCUUGGAAGGAAAGAAAAUCAAAGAUUCUACAGCUGCAAGCAGGGCAACUACACUUUCCAAUGCAGUCUCUUCCCUGGCAAGCACUGGUCUAUCUCUGACCAAAGUGGAUGAAAGGGAAAAGCAGGCAGCAUUAGAGGAAGAACAGGCACGUUUGAAAGCUUUAAAGGAACAGCGCCUAAAAGAACUUGCAAAGAAACCUCAUACCUCUUUAACAACUGCAGCCUCUCCUGUAUCCACCUCAGCAGGAGGGAUAAUGACUGCACCAGCCAUUGACAUAUUUUCUACCCCUAGUUCUUCUAACAGCACAUCAAAGCUGCCCAGUGAUCUGCUUGAUUUGCAGCAGCCAACUUUUCACCCAUCUGUACAUCCUAUGUCAACUGCUUCUCAGGUAGCAAGUACAUGGGGAGAUCCUUUCUCUGCUCCUGUAGAUGCUGUUGAUGAUGCCAUUCCAAGCUUAAAUCCUUUCCUCACAAAAAGUAGUGGUGAUGUUCACCUUUCCAUUUCUUCAGAUGUAUCCACUUUUACUACUAGGACACCUACUCAUGAAAUGUUUGUUGGAUUCACUCCUUCUCCAGUUGCACAGCCACACCCUUCAGCUGGCCUUAAUGUUGACUUUGAAUCUGUGUUUGGAAAUAAAUCUACAAAUGUUAUUGUAGAUUCUGGGGGCUUUGAUGAACUAGGUGGACUUCUCAAACCAACAGUGGCCUCUCAGAACCAGAGCCUUCCUGUUGCCAAACUCCCGCCUAACAAGUUAGUAUCUGAUGACUUGGAUUCAUCUUUAGCCAACCUUGUGGGCAAUCUUGGCAUCGGAAAUGGAACCACUAAGAAUGAUGUAAAUUGGAGUCAACCAGGUGAAAAGAAGUUAACUGGAGGAUCUAACUGGCAACCAAAGGUUGCACCAACAACCGCUUGGAAUGCUGCAACAAUGAAUGGCAUGCAUUUUCCACAAUACGCACCCCCUGUAAUGGCCUAUCCUGCUACUACACCAACAGGCAUGAUAGGAUAUGGAAUUCCUCCACAAAUGGGAAGUGUCCCUGUAAUGACGCAGCCAACCUUAAUAUAUAGCCAGCCUGUCAUGAGACCACCAAACCCCUUUGGCCCUGUAUCAGGAGCACAGAUACAGUUUAUGUAACUUGAUGGAAGAAAAUGGAAUUACUCCAAAAAGACAAGUGCUCAAGCAGCAAAAUCCUUACUUCCAGCAAAAUCCAAACUGCUGUCUCUUAAAUCUCUUAAACUCUCUUCUUCCAUUAGAAUGCUACAAGUAACUCAGUGAAGGCCCAUGAAGGAAACUGGGACUAGUUUAUAGGAGAACGUAUCAAUACAGUUUAUAAAGCCAAGAAUUGCUAUGAUUUAAGACUAAGAUCUGUCUUUUUGGUGACUAACCCUUCAAUUCUUUCAACUCCUGUUAAUACCCAUAAUCAAUAACCUAUCAAGAAAAGCCCUUAUUUGGAAAGUGUGAAAUUUGUAUUUGGAAAAGCUGCCUGGAGAGAAGAACUGUGUCCUUUACUGUAUUUCAACAGGACUCUUUUGGGGGAUCAAAAUUAAAAUUCCUAAUUAUGCAUUAUCUUUCUUUUCUCCAGUCCUCACAAAUACAGAAACAAUAACUGAAAUUAACUUUUCUUUUUUAAAAAAAAAUUAUAUUCAGUUUGCAGUAGACAUUCCUUAAGUAUUUGUAUUUAUUUAUGAUUAUCAAUUUUACAUAACAUUAAUAUUGUAUCAGACCUCCUUAUGAAAACGAGUAUGGAUGUGCACCGUAUGUUUGAUUUUUAUCCACAAGAAUGAAUCUGAUUCAGAAUGCUUUUCUCAGCUGACAUACAGAGCACUAAAUAUUUUAAGGCAAGUCCAUAGGUCUGAAUCUCUUAAGAAUUCUCGGCCUCUAUGGGAUUUAGGGAAGCAUUAUAAAUGCAUUAAUCCUUAUAGUCAAUUCUGUGCCUAGGAUUUUGCCAGGGAACAGUUCACUGACUAGGAAAAGCACUACAUUUUAAAUUCAGCAUUAGUGCAUUGGAAAGGAUCUUUACUGCUUUGUGCUUGGCAUGUCAUUAUUUUCCAUUUGACAUUAGGGCCUUUCCAAAAUGAAUGUGAGGAAUUGCUUUCACUUCAAGACUUUCCUUCUUUUCACUAAAACUCUAGAAGGUGUUACAAGGGGGAGGGAAGGGGCGCAAAGUCCUUGAACCUUUUAUUUGGCUCGUGCCAUGUUAUGAUCAUGUACCUUUUAAAUAAGGGGAAAUAGUAUCUUUAAAGUUAAUGUCUAGCCAAGAGUUUAGUAAACAAAGAAUUAAACUGCACUGUUGAUCGGUGCUUUGUGUAAAUACAUCUUUAACAUUUGGGUGGAGAGGGGCCUUAAGAAGGACAGUUCAUUGUAGGAAAGCAAUUCUGUACAUGAGUUUAAGCAUUCUUGUUGCAUUGUCUCUGCAGAUUCUAUUUUUGUUUACAAUAUUAAAAUGUAUGUUAGCAAAAUGGGUGGAUUUUCAAAUAAAAUGCAGCUUCCACAAAA